AUGCAUUCCGGCGUAGGCAGGGGAGGAGAUGAAGAUGCAGGAAGCAGGUUCACGAAGAUUCUCCUCCCCGAGAGAGACCCAGCCCUCAACUGGACCAUCGACGUGGCUAGCGUAUUAGGCGAAUACCUGAACGAGUUGCAAGGUGCAGCAGGCUCGCUGCAGGACGGUGCCAACCUGAACUUCGUGGAAGCCGCGCUGGUCGUGCAAGGUUCGGCGGGGAUCUACAGUCGCAAGACGGACUACUUGCACAGCCUCGUGCUGCACACGCUGACUGCUCUCACGACCGGGGACACGAACGGCAGCAACGACGGGGAUGAGUCCGGCGACGCGCAGGGCGAUGGCGGCGACGGCGAUGACUGCGACAUGCGACGCUUCCUAUCCCUGGACGACGUGGAAGUGGUUGGGUCCGGUUCGGAACCGUCGCGGUUGGACAUGCGAGAAAAGGGACAGAAGAAAACCACAGAGGACGAAGAUGACGACGACGACGAGGGAGGGCUGGCAGGAGGAGCAGCGCGGCAGGGGUCGAAGCUGCCACCCCGCGCGCCACCCAUACUGCUGACAGUGGAGGAGGAGCUAGAUGGGGGAAAGGGGUCCAGCACUGUGCCUUUUUCUGAGCUCUCCGCCUUCAAGAUGGCCGCGUUCGUCAGCCACGUGUCGGGGUCUGUGUUCCUGGAGGCGCAAGACGGGGACGUGAUGGAUGCGCUGCUGCGCCUUCCGCGGCGUCGCGCUGCGCACGUCCGCACAGCCCCGGGCGCUGGCUCCCCCGCCUUCGCCUUCCCCCAACCGGGCCUCUCCCCCGACUGCACCCCCCCGUUUCCGCGCAACGGGUGGAGUUCGUCGCCCUACGCGGACCGAGGGAAAGCAGUGGCGGAAGACUUGGGGGGAGCGGGAUGCUCGCACUGGGGGGAGGGGGCUGCGCGGCAGAGCGAAUGGCAGGCGGCGGAAGGCAUGGGGGGGAUGGGUUCGGGGGAUGAUGAGGAUGAGGAUGGGAUGGGGACGGCUGGCGGGUUUGACUGCGGGGACUGGGGGGAGGCAGCCGCGGGCAGCGGAGAUGCGCAUGGGUCGCACGCGGGGGAGUGGAGCGGGGGAGCUGGGGGAAGCGGAAGCGGAGCCGGAAGUGGCGGUGGGGUGGGUGUGCCUGGGAGUGCGCAGAACAAAUCGGGAUCGAAAGGAGGGAGUGGGAAGGGCAGCGGCAAGGGGAGCGCGAGCGGGAGGGGCGGAGGGCAGGGGGAGGCGGCAGGGGAGUAUGAUCCGUUCGCCCCACUCGACCCCAAUGAAGCAGGGUGCAUGCCGCAAAGGCCGUUGCGGAAAGGCCGGCCCUACCUGCGCGUCAAGCGCAAAACCGACGGUGGUGAUUUGGCCAGCAGCCUGAGCGAUCCGGGCGUGUGGCUGUCGUUCCCUCUGCUGGCGGGCAGGGGUCGCGGCAUGAUAUUCCCAGACAUAGAAAGCAUCAUGCAGCGUGCGGUGAUGCGCGACAGGAAGAGGCAGCAAGACGGGGUUCCAAGGGGAAGCUUCGACGGCGGAGGGUCGCAGAAGGUAGGGAGGGAUGGGCGGGAGGAGGGGGGUGGAUGGGGGGCGUGGCAGGCAGGCAGUGCUCUAGAGCCCCCAACAGGCAACGUCUUCGCGGACCUAGAUGCAAAUCUCGAGGACGGGGAACGCGCCCAUGGCUCCCACGGAUCCGCGCAUAGGGGGGGCGCCGGUGGCGCGCACGGGGACGCGCACGCGGGGGCGGAAGGGCUUGGGGCGCAGGGAUUCGGAUUCGACGGGAUGGAUAUAGAGGACGAUGAUGACGGUGCCGCGGGGAUGGAUGAUGGGGGUAGCGACGGGGAGGACGGGGAGGACGGGGAGGGUGAGCGGACGGGCGUGGAGCGUCCUAGAUCCACAGGACCGUCUGGUGCUGACUCGCUGCCAGGCAUGGACUGGGAGGCGAACGUUCUGCAUUCCGACACACCCCUGCCGGCGGACCCCUCAGCACCACACGUGGCAACAGUGGAAGCCAUGCGAGAUGCACAUGUGGCGGAGAUGAUACAGAGGGCGGCGGAAAUGCAGGCGCGAAGAUCAGAAGUAGAAACGAGGGUGGGAGACUGGCAGUCUCGCAUUCUGCCGCUUCUUGAGCAACAGGAUGAGCGGCCACCAUUUGACAUCCACGUGUAUGGGGACCGCAUUCUUUCCGCCUUGGAGCAGAAACACAUGCAGCAGGAGCAGCAGCGGCAGCAGGAGAUGGCUGAAAUGGAGGGCGCUGGGCAAGGAGAGGAAGGGCGGCAGCAGCAGCAGUUGUGCGAGGACCUGUUUGAAAACGUGAUCAACACUCCUCAUGCAUACGAGGUCCCCCGAUACUUCUCUGCACUGCUCCAGCUGGUCAACAAUGGCAAUGUGAGUCUUUCUGUGGACCCACACGGCCUCCUACAACCCACCAGCCUCCCUCUUCCAUCCUCCUCCCGUUCCUCCUCCAUAGCCGCCCCUGUUGAAGCGUCCAGUAGCCUCACUUCCACCGCUCCCUCUUCCUCUGCACCGCGCUGCUAUUACCGUGGGUCAUCUUUCUCGGUGCGUCUACAUUCGCUGAAUCGGCGGCAGGAGGAGCUACGGGGGUACGUGGCCCCAUCUCAGAGACGAGAAGGGGGGAGCGGGACAGGGGAGUCUGGAGGGAAGGGCAAAGGCAAGGGGAACGGGCAGCAGAGGAGGGAGAAUCAAGGGGAGAGGCAUCAGUGGGGGGGCGAUGCUUUCGCAAACGCAGCUGGAAGAGCAGAUGGGUGUGAAAAUAGUGGUGGUGGUUCUGGUAGCGGUUUGGGCAGUGACAGCAACAAAAGUGGCAGUGAGAAGGGAGACACUGACCACAGAAAACGAAAGGCUCGAACUCGGGAGCUCCCCCCGCGCCCUCCUGCCUCUCAGCCUCCUCCUGCCGUCCCAUCAUCCAGUUUGAGAGAGAAGGGGAGGCUUGAAGAGGAGGAACAUGAGUGGGAGGAUGGGGAGAAUCAGGGGUCCGAGGGAGGAGGAGGGCAUAGGAUAGUGAAAAAUAGAAGGGUUUUGACAGAGUCUUCCAAGGGCGUGAAUGGGAAGGAGGUAUUGGAAAAGCGGAAUGAAGACAAGAGGAGGAAGCUGCUGGAGGAGAGCACAGAGGAAGGAGAGGUGGAGGAAGCAAGGGAGGAGGUGAUUGGAGAUGAGGAGGAGGGGAAUGAGGACUGUGACAGAACAGAGGGAGCAGGGUUGGACGAGACUAGGAGAUGCAGAGAACAAGAGGAAAUGCUGCUUCACGGCAACGGCAAGAGGCAGAAGAAGGAUGGUAUGCAAGCAACAGGAGGUGGUGCAUCUGGCAGCUCAUUAGGAGCACACAGCAAUGUGGGGGGUUUCCAGAGGUGUGCAGAGGCGUGUUUCGCCACCAUGCUGACCCGCACUGUUAUCAAUCCCUGCGAGCUUGCGCUCUCCUCGCUCCCCUGCCGCUCAGCUCGCGCGUUCUCCCCUCCCGCCGCCGCGGCUCUCGUCGCGCGGCCGUGCGGCGAGUCUGCUACCAAACCAUGGCGUCCGUCGUUCAACGAUUCUCCGAAGCGGUAUGGCGGUCAAGUCGCGAUCAAGACGAGGCUCCGCGUGGUGCCACGUGCCAGUGCGACCCGCGAGCAACCGCUUCAAAAUCAGCAGAGCCCGCAAACGCCGGAGCCGGGGGAGAUUCAGUUCACCGCCGAGCGCACCGUCUUAAUUCCCUGCCCGCAGGUUCGCGUGCCGGCCGCGGCUCCUGGAGCAGCCGCCGGCAGCGCGGAACGGCCAGCCGUCAGGGCUGCCGGCAGCGUUGCCGGUGACCGGCAGAUAGUGAGCGUGGGCGAAUACUUGGCGGAGCAGACGGAGCGGAUAGUGCGCGUGGUGUUUCCGGACUCGAAGCGGCUGAUGCGGCUGGAUGCAGACCUAUGGCGGGUGGUGAUUCGGCAACUGACGUUCUUUAGCAUAACUGCCACGCCCAUUUGUCUUCUAAGAGUGUACCACGACGGCUCGUCUCUGCGUCUCUUCUCAAACCAGCUUCAGCUGGACUUCAUAGUGAACCUGGCCUUUACAGUGCGGCUACCCAUGCCUCUCUCACUGAUUCCCAAGCCUGCAGUGGAGGCGGUAGGGAACGCUCUCCUGGACGGGGUUUUAGGUGCCAUGCAGGCCAGUCUUCUCAAUGGGCUUGUGAGGGACUACACUCUGUGGGCAACUGAAGAGGCGAAGGAAAGAGCUGGUGGGGUUGGGCGAGAAUGGGUUGAUGGGGUUCCUGCAACCAUGGGCCAGCCUGGAGGUUUUGAAAGGAAAGGGGCUUGA